GUUAACUACUUGUUAUACUGUUUGGAAAUGCUUUAUGCAGGCUGAAGACGGUGUUGGUAUCCCUGAGCAAAUUCUUGAUUCAUCAAACUUCCAAAGUUAUGCAAGAUUUUAUUUUAUAUUCACCAAAUGCAAUCUCAUCUGGUCUCUCAGUUAUUUUGCUUUGAUAGUCCUGAAUUUCCUGGAGAAACCUGUAUGGUGUAAAAAGCUUACCACAAAUUCUUGCAAUGAUAGAGAGUAUUUCUUUUUGGGACAAUUGCCGUAUCUGACUGAUGCAGAAUGUCUUAUUUAUGAGGGAAUAACUGUUGUUUUGCUAAUCGCACAUACGUUCUUCCCAUUGGCAUAUGAAGGAUCCCGUAUAUAUUGGAAAAAUAUCAUUAAUCAAUUGAAGGUUUUCUUUCUACUAGUUCUUGUCGCUGAUAUGCUGGUCUAUGCCCUUUAUUUGUCUCCACUGGCUUUUGAUUUUCUACCUUUCAGAAUUGCACCUUAUAUCAGGGUUGUUCUUUUCAUUAUGAAUAUUAGGGAGCUACGAGAAACUAUCGUUAUCUUGGCCGGGAUGCUUGAUACAUACUUAAAUAUCUUGGCUUUGUGGCUUCUAUUUCUUCUUUUUUCUAGUUGGGUGGCGUAUGUGUUUUUUGAGGAUACAAUACAGGGGAAAACAGUAUUCACUUCCUAUGGUACUACAUUUUAUCAGCUGUUUCUUUUAUUUACCACAUCCAAUAAUCCAGAUGUUUGGGUUCCUGCAUACAAGUCUUCCCGAUGGUAUUGCCUGUUUUUCGUACUCUUUGUGCUAGUGGGGGUGUACUUUGUUACAAACUUGAUCCUUGCUGUUGUUUAUGACAGUUUCAAGAAUGAGCUUGUAAAACAAGUUUUUGAGAUGGAUCGUAUGAGAAGAACCAUGUUGGAGAAAGCUUUUUAUCUCUUAGAUACACAUGUAAGUGUGAUUUUCCAUGUUUUAGUUUACUGUUCCAUUGUCAGACAUAGCUACCUGAUGAUUUCAAACAACUGUUUUAUUUUUUCAAUGAUUUUGAAAUGUGAUUAGUGAUAGCUUAUGAACAGGAAAACUCUUUAUUUCCCUUUCUUUCUUCUAGUGGGUUUUGCUUUGGUAUUCGUUGAUAUCUGGUAAAAGAAUUGUUUUUACUCCAUUUAUGUUAGAAAAGAAGACACCAAAGAAGUUAAAAAAAGAAAAAAGAAAAAGAGAAGAUACCAACAAGCAUUAUCCCAAUAGAUGAGGUAAGCUACAUGGAGCGCAUGA